AAAGCUACAAUCUACCACAAAAAUGUUCAGUUGUAUACAAAAAAAGAAUAUUUCUUCAUUGUUUACCCAUCUGUGUAAUCUGCGUUAUUAGACCUUACCUUUUCAGGGUGUGUGCGUUUUCUAAAGGAUAAAGUAUUACUCAACAGGCUGUUUGGUUUACAACAAGCUAUAAGCUCUGUUGUAGGGAAGAAGUUGCUGUCAGUGUUAUGGAGGAGCCUUCUUAAUCUGUUGGUUAAACAGCUGUAUAAUGUUAUCUUUUUUUUUUAAAUGGUAAUCACUGUACCAUUAUAUCACAUAUCAUGUGAUAUAAUGGUAUGGCAUGAUUCUUUUUUUUUUUAAUCCAAAAUGCCUCUCAUAGUUAGCAAAUCUGAGGUAAUACUGUUUUUAUAAAAUCAAAUAUCAGAAUAUACCUAUAUAUACAGUGCCUAUAGAAAGUAUACACCCCCUUGAACAUUUUUCACAUUUUGUUGUGUCAGUGCCUCAGAGUUUCAUGCAUUUAAAUGAGGAUUUUUUUUCACUUAUCUACACACCAUACUCCACACUGUUUAGGGGAAAAAAGUUUUUAUUGAGAAAAAAAUAAUAUAUUAAAAACACAAAACUGAAAGAAAAAAUGAAAAAUGAAAAAAAGCGAUUUUAAUGCAUUUUAAUUCAAGGCUAUAAGGCAACAAAAGGUGAAAAUUCUGAAAGGAGGUGUAGACUUCAUAUACGCACUGUAUGUCUAUAUCACCUGCUGUACUUUAUUAUAUACAUGUUACAUGUAUAAAUAACUAGUUCAUUUUGAUUUAAUACAAAUAAUCUCUUUGUUGGUUGUGCAAUGGCUAACUAUCAUUUUCUUACCUCAUGCAGAACUAUGUUGGUAACGCAAACAAUCUCAUGGAACCUUCUCUGGCAGACAAAUGGAAAGGAUCUACUGAUGAAACUUGUCUUAAAGCUUCUGACUUCCUUCAGUCUAUCGAAAACUUUACAAAGCUGACAUAUGCAAACAAUGGAUCAUUUUAUAAAAAUUUUACCAAUGUUGAGUUGAAAGGAACUCCUAUACUAGCAGAUAAUGAAGCAAAAAUAAACUCCUCAAGUGCAUCUGUCAAAAUGAACUUUAAAAAAACCUCUCCAAACGCCACAAUUUCUAUCUUAACGUAUUUUUCGUUAAAUUCAAUUUUACCCCAAAAUACUAUUGAAGACUUUGGUGUUAACAGCAAAAUUCAAUCCAUCACAAUAGUAGAUGCAAAACCACAAACAGUAGAAAUUACAUUUCAAUUGGAAAAUGAAACAAUUUCAAAAUAUAAGAUGAUGUGUGUUUACUGGGAUUUCAAAGCAAAUGAUGGAAAAGGAGGAUGGUCUGGUGAAGGCUGCAAAUGGGACAGACAAAAUUCAAACUCAACCACCUCAUCUUGUGUUUGUGACCACUUGACAUCUUUCUCUGUGCUAAUGUCAAAAUUUCCUAUCAGUUUACCUUGGCUUGACAAAAUUGGUUAUGUUGGCGUGGGUGUGUCCAUUUGUUCCCUCAUUCUCUGUCUCAUAAUUGAAUUUUUAGUAUGGAAUUCAGUAGUUAAGUCAAACAUCUCUCAUUUUCGACACACAGCCCUGGUUAACAUUUCUGUGUCUUUGCUUAUUGCAGACUGCUGCUUUUUGUCUGCUUCUUUCCAAGGUGGUAAAGAUGAUGAAGUCUGUUUACCUCUAGCAAUGGCCAUGCAUGUUUCUUUCUUAGCGAUGUUCUUUUGGAUGCUCUGUCAAAGCAUAAUGCUCCUUCACCAAAUGAUUUUCCUCUUCCAACAACUGAGAAAGAAAAUUUACCUAUCUUUUUCAUUUGUUCUUGGCUACUUAGGCCCAAUAUGCAUUGUGAUUGGAACAUACAUGGUAAAUCCUGAUAAAUACCACAAUAAAGAUUCCUGCUGGCUAACGUAUGAAGGGGGGAUGAAGGGAUCCAUUUUAGCUUUUGUUCUACCUGUUGGAAUCAUUGUUAUCAUCAAUACUUUUACUUUGGUUGUGGUCAUUUCCAAGCUAUUGAGACCAUCAGUAUCAGAAGGAGAUAAAGCAGAUGACAAGGAAGCUGUGAAAAGUAUAAUGAAAGCAGUUAUUAUCCUGACUCCAGUAUUUGGAUUAACAUGGGCCCUGGGAUUCCUUACUCUUAUAUUUGACCUACCUGAGACGUUUGGAGCUAUGGCAGUUCACUACUUAUUUUCUAUAUUGAACUCAUUCCAGGGCCUGCUUAUUUUGAUAACUGGAUGCUUUACAGAGAAAAAGGUGCGAGAAGCCCUCUUGAAACGGUACUCUCCACAGUCCAAGAGUGAAACCUCAAAUUCUGUAAAGAAGUGAAGAAAGUAACGGUGACAGAUUGGAAAUUGGAAGAACCUGGAAUGCAAUCUCGGGCCCUCUUCACAAGGAUAUUCAAAUCAAAUAAGUCAAUUGUUUAUUAUUAAAAUAAAGGUUGAUAUGAAUUAAGCUGUUCUAGCCUGUUUUAAAAAAGCAAACAGCAGUCUAGAAUAGUGAUGUAUGCUGCAAAUGUGCUGUAGUCAUUGUUGCUACCUUGUUUAGAAACUUUUUUUAUGCAUUAGAAAAGCACCCAUUCUGGCACUUGUAAACAAAACAAAAACUCUUACUUGUUUCAAUUGAUUUUCAGUUCAAACUCAUUAGUAAUUACACACUAUUUGCCAUACAGGCAACACUUUAUAAUACAGGUACAUUAACUACAAUGUAACUAGAGUGUAUUUAGUAAGUAAAUUAU